UUGAUACGGCGAAUUGACCUGCGGAUAGUCCCAGCGUCGAUGGUCAUUUAUCUCCUAUGCUCCCUCGACCGUUCGAAUAUCGGAAACGCAAAGAUCCUCAAUGCAGACGCGGGGCACUCGCUCAUGCAGAACGUCGGGAUCACGAACGACCAAUACCUCACCGCGCUUAUGAUAUUUUUCGUGUCGUACACGAUCUUCGAGACGCCCUCAAACUACAUGCUCAAGCGCUUCCGCCCCUCCCGCUGGAUCGCGUUCCUCAUGUUCUCCUGGGGCGCGAUGACCAUGAUCCUUGGUGGCAUCCGCAACUUCGGCGGGCUUAUCGCCGUGCGCUUCCUGCUCGGGAUGUUCGAGGCCGGACUGUUCCCUGGCAUGGUCUACGUACUGACGUUCUGGUACCGCCCCGAAGAGCGCGCGCUGCGCAUCGCGCUUAUCCUCGCGAGUGCGACUCUGGGAGGCGCAUUCGGCGGCGCGAUCGCGUACGGCGUCGGCAAGAUGGACGGAGUACACGGGCUCGAGGCAUGGCGCUACCUGUUCCUCAUCGAGGGUGCGCCGUCGUGUGCGGGCGCAAUCCUUGUCUGGUUCUUCUUCCCGGACUACCCAGAGACGGUGCGCUGGCUGUCGGAGGACGAGCGCGAGCUCGCGACGGAGCGCAUCAAGGGAGUCGCAUCGCUCGGACACCAGAGCAUCACUUGGGCGGAGGCGAAGGCAACGCUGCAGGACUACCGGCUGUACGUGCACUACCUCACGUACAUCACGAUCUCCGUGCCAUUCUCGAGCAUGUCGCUGUUCUCGCCGACGAUCGUCGCGGGGCUAGGGUACCGUGGGCUGGACGCGCAGCUGUUCACCGUGCCGCCAUACGCGAUCGCGUUCGUCAUCACUGUGUCCGUCGCGUGGGUGUCGGACAGGUACGAAAAGCGCUCUCUGGGCACCGCCAUCUCGAUGGCCAUUGCAGGAGCCUGCUUCAUUGUCGAAGGUGCGCUCCCCUCGGAGUCCUUCAAGCUGCGCUACGCGUUCUUCAUCAUCGCGCUCUCCUUCUCCUUCGCGUGCAUACCGCCCCUCCUGAGCUGGCUGACUGCCAACUUGCGGACGACCGGGGCGUCGACGCUCGGUGUCCCGCUGAACGUCUCCAUCGGUCAAAUUGGCCAAAUUAUCGGCGUGUACAUCUACAAGAGCAACGAGUCGCCCGGGUACCCCACUGGACACUAUACGAAUGCCGGGUUCCUGCUCAUUGGGGCGCUGUCCGUGCUGGGCCUCAGAGUGAUGUAUGUCCACCGUAACAGACGGUUAGGUCCUGAUGAACGGAGGUGGAGACUGUAAUGUCCACUGACGUAUUAGAGAUGCCUGUGCAAUACUCCCAUUUUUCAUUAUCAUUCUUCG